CGCGUUGCGAGGACCCUGCCCGGCGCUGCUCGCCUCUCCUUUCAGCCGCUGUCUCCUCCUCCUCCUCCUCUUUUCAACCUUGGUCUUCACCGCCUGCUUCCCACCCACCCCCCGGACUUCCCCCUUUCCUGAGGCGGCCGCUGGUUUCUCCUUCGCCGCCGUGUCAGGUUCUGCCGCUGCUCGCCAUGACCUUGCUGACUGCCAGUAGCAGGGCGGCCGCGCGCCUCUUGGGUGCCAAGAAUUCAUCAUGUAUUAUUUUCGCUGCCAGACAUGCCAGUGCUUCCACGAAUCUGAAAGAUGUUCUUGUAAACAUGGUACCGAAGGAGCAAGCAAGACUUAAAAGCUUCAGGCAACAAUAUGGCAACACAGUCAUCGGUCAAAUCACUGUGGAUAUGGUCUACGGUGGCAUGAGAGGGAUGAAAGGGCUAAUAUACGAGACCUCAGUCUUGGACCCUGAUGAGGGCAUCCGUUUCCGUGGCUACAGCAUUCCCGAGUGCCAGAAGCUGCUGUCCAAAGCCCCUGGAGGUGCAGAGCCCCUACCUGAAGGACUUUUCUGGUUGCUGGUGACAGGAGAGAUCCCCUCGCAGGAACAGGUCAACUGGCUGUCUCGGGAGUGGGCCAAGAGAGCAGCCCUGCCGUCCCACGUGGUGACCAUGCUUGACAACUUCCCCACCAACCUUCAUCCCAUGUCGCAACUCAGCGCCGCUGUUACCGCCCUCAACAGCGAGAGCACUUUUGCCCGCGCCUACUCUGAGGGAAUCAGCCGGACCAAGUACUGGGAGUUUAUCUAUGAGGACUCCAUGGACUUGAUUGCCAAGCUGCCGUGCAUCGCUGCAAAGAUCUACCGUAACCUGUACCGCGAAGGCAGUAGCAUCGGUGCCAUCGAUCCCGCCUUGGACUGGUCGCACAACUUCACCAACAUGCUGGGCUACACUGACCCCCAGUUCAUUGAACUCAUGCGGCUCUACCUCACCAUUCACAGUGACCAUGAGGGCGGCAAUGUCAGCGCACACACCAGCCACCUAGUGGGCAGUGCCCUCUCUGACCCUUACCUGGCUUUUGCCGCAGCUAUGAAUGGUCUAGCCGGGCCCCUCCACGGUCUUGCGAAUCAGGAGGUGCUGGUCUGGUUGACGAACUUGCAGAAGGAGCUGGGCGAAGACGUGUCUGACGAGAAGCUGAGGGAUUUCAUCUGGAACACGCUGAACUCUGGCAGGGUGGUUCCUGGCUAUGGCCACGCAGUGCUGAGGAAGACAGAUCCCCGCUACACCUGCCAGAGAGAAUUCGCCCUCAAGCACCUUCCCAAAGAUCCCCUCUUCAAGUUGGUGGCUCAACUAUACAAGAUCGUUCCUAAUGUGCUCCUGGAGCAGGGCAAGGCCAAGAAUCCUUGGCCCAAUGUGGACGCACACAGUGGGGUCCUGCUACAGUACUAUGGCAUGAAGGAGAUGAACUACUACACAGUGCUGUUUGGGGUGUCUCGGGCCCUCGGUGUUCUGUCGCAGCUCAUCUGGAGCCGGGCACUGGGCUUCCCCCUGGAAAGACCGAAAUCCAUGAGCACAGACGGGAUGAUGGUGCUCGUGGGUGCCAAGUCUGGUUAAAGCCAGGGAUGUGGCAAGGGUUAGCUAUGGAGGGAAUGAUAGAGACAAUGCAACUUUUUGUGUUUGUUCAAAGGGCCUUGAAAAGAUCCUUCCUUAGAGGCACUGACCAUCGCAUUUUUUUUCAGGUUAUUUAUGGGAUUAAAUUCAGAUAAAAACUAGAUACUUAUUUACCACCACCCCUCACCCCACCCCGUGACCUUAAAUACCACCUAAAGCUAGAUUCCUAAGUGCAGGGCCCAGGCCAGCUCUUCCCAACCUGAGCUGAUGCCCCAGGCUAGAGAGAGUGUUGCUUCCCAGCUCAGACGCUGCUUCCUUAUUGCCCCCUGUUGCGGGCCAGGAACAGAGGAUCCUGCCCCAUUCACUAUCAUGUCAUAUCACAGGCUGCUUUGUUCCAUGGGUGUCACCUUCCAGCUCCAUGCAGACUGGAUGUCCUGCCUUUGAACAAUGUCCUCCUCUUUAAGAAGGCUUGCAGUUUUGCGGGGUGGGGGGUGGGGGCGGUCCUUUCCCUCUGGAUGUCUAGACCUCUUCCCUGUUUGUAUCUUCUUCUCCUGCUGUUACAGUGAAACGGUGGGUCGGUGCUUUCCAAAGGUAAGCGCAGGGAGGGCUACAGCUCGACUCCUUCCCUGUGUUCUGGGUAAGGAUAGCUCACCUCUUUGCCUAUCAAAAGAGGGGCAGUGCUGCCCUUUUCUCCCGCCCCCAAAUGCCACAACACUUGAUUACCCUGAUUUGCAUUGGGGUGCUCAAACCCCUUCCUGGGGACCAGCACCCCAAAACCUUCAUCUUCAGUCAGAUGGUAUUUUGUUCCCAAAGGCAGAGUUGCAGUGAACAACUCCUUCUGUCAAGGACAAAUGAUCGCCUUGUCCCCUCCUAUUUGGCCUGAGGGCGUGAGAGAAGAGUGUCGACUUCCUCCUCUGUUCCCCCCCCCUUUUUUAAAAAAUGACUUCAGUGUCAGAGCUGUGGUACUGAAAGGUUGGGGUAGGGUGGCCCAAUUAUUUAAGAAGGCGUUGAUAACAUUUCCAAAAGGGCAGUUGUGAUCCUGUUGCCAUGUGGCUCUAAAUUGGCUAGCCAUAAUUUCGACAGCAGUGAUAAUGAAGAGUAGAAUCUGUCUCCUGGCCUCCUUUCCUCUCUAGAAAGGACUUCAUACACUCCUACCAAUGUUUGUUUUCUCUCUCUGUGUGUUCGUGUGAAACCCUUUGUCCUAUAGCCACAAAAAAGGAAAAAAAAAGGAAAGAACCUCCCUGCCCACAUUCUAAGUUGAAGACACAGUGUAAGUGGCUGAGUAAGCAUCAGCGUUCCGUUUGCAAACUUCAGGUGGUUCUGUACAAACUGCAAAAUAAAUGUUUUUAUUAACAAGUUA